CGUGAUAAUCGAAUCGAAUGAAUGAGUCAUUUUAAUUUUACUUUCCUCGGAUGACCCUUGCCCCUGCAUUUGCCACGAACGGUUUUCAACGAUCGGGCACGUCUCCCUCCCGCCAAUACUUAUUCCAUAAGCAAAUCCGAUUUGUUUUGAUUUUUUCACUGCAUAGUUGAGUAGUAUUUUUAGAAGUCAUGUGAGCAGUCAUGACUUAAUAGUUUGUAUGUGUUCGUGGCAAAGAGCGAGGCUGGAAAAAUUAAGUGAAUUCUAACUUGUUUCAUUGUAUUGAUCUUUGGGUAAGGUGUCAAUUGAAGGUUAAAUUCACAUAAAUUAUUUAAUACUCAAACAAGGACCAAGAAAUCAAGUGAAUUACCAUCAACAAAAUGUUACGAGUUCAUGCUCCACGCUUCAAGAAAGUUAUUCAACAGCAGUUUACUGUAAGCAGUGGAAUAUGGUCCACAUGCCGUUACAUCCAUGCAGGAAAUAAGUUCAACCAGGGCCAGAAACCCGAGCCACGGAGGAGCGGGAUCAAGAAACUGCUGGUCGCAAAUCGUGGUGAAAUAGCCAUCCGAGUUUUUCGAGCAGCUACUGAAGCUGGGAUAAGGACGGUUGCCAUUUACUCUGAACAGGAUGCCAAUAUGAUGCACAGACAGAAAGCUGAUGAAGCGUACCUCAUCGGUAAGGGUAUGCCACCGGUCGCUGCUUAUUUAAAUAUUCCAGAGAUCAUAAAAAUAGCAAAGGAAACUGGUGCUGAUGCCAUUCACCCAGGCUAUGGAUUCCUCUCUGAAAGAGCGAACUUUGCUGAAGCUUGUGUCAAGAAUGGUCUUAUUUUCAUUGGUCCAUCCCCAGGAAUUGUUAAAAUGAUGGGUGACAAAGUGGAGGCACGCAGAGUGGCAGUAGAGGCUGGUGUACCUGUGGUUCCUGGCACAGAGAAUCCAAUCAGAAGUGCUGCAGAAGCUAAAGCCUUCUGUGAAGAGCAUGGGCUACCAGUCAUCACUAAAGCAGCUUAUGGAGGAGGUGGGCGUGGUAUGAGAGUUAUCCAUAGGAUGGAAGAUGUCGAAGAAUUCUUCAAUUUAGCCAGCAAUGAGGCACAUGCUGCUUUUGGAGAUGGUUCUAUGUUUAUUGAAAAGUUUGUUGACCAACCACGACACAUUGAAGUCCAAGUGAUGGGUGAUGCCUACAAGAAUGUGGUUCACCUCUAUGAAAGGGAUUGCUCAGUUCAGAGACGCCACCAGAAGAUCGUAGAGAUUGCGCCAGCUCCAGAUUUAGCUCCUGAAAUCAGAGACAAAAUGACAAGGGAUGCUAUUGCUUUAUGUAAGGCUGUAGGUUAUGAGAAUGCAGGGACAGUGGAGUUCUUAUUGGACCCACAAGGCAAUCACUAUUUUAUGGAGGUUAAUGCUCGACUUCAAGUGGAACAUACAGUGACGGAAGAGAUAACAGGUGUCGACUUGGUGAGGGCGCAGAUUGGUGUUGCAGAGGGAAAAUCCUUGGAAGAAAUUGGACUUCGUCAAGAGGAUAUCAAAGUUACCGGCUCAUCUAUUCAAGCUCGUAUCACAACAGAAGAUCCUGCUAAUGACUUCACACCAGAUACCGGCAGAAUUGAGGUUUUCCGCACUGGUGAAGGAAUGGGGAUUCGUCUGGAUGGGAAUUCCAUGUUCCCUGGUGCUGUGGUCUCCCCUCACUAUGACUCCUUGUUGACAAAAGUUAUAAGUCACGGUGCAACUCACAGAGACGCUGCUACCAAGCUGCUCCGAGCACUGCGCGAGUUUAGAAUAAGAGGUGUCAAGACCAAUAUACCUUUCUUGAUGAAUCUCCUCAAACAAGAAGACUUUCUAGGAGGAGCUGUCACCACUGAUUUUAUUCUGAAAAGACCAGACUUGUUCAAGGUGGAGAGAGGACAAAACCGCGCCCAGAAACUGCUUCAAUAUCUUGGAAAUGUCAUGGUCAAUGGACCUUGUACACCGCUUGCGACUGGACUGAAACCUUCAAAAGAUGCGCCCGAUGCCCCUGAGAUCCCCAAAGCAUCAAAUUCUGGUUCGUGUGGUUUUAUGAGACCUAGUGGCUUGCGAGAUGUGUUACUGCAGCAAGGUCCUGAAGGUUUUGCCAGCUGUGUUCGUAAGAGCGACAGACUUCUGCUGACAGAUACAACUUUCAGGGAUGCCCAUCAGUCACUGCUGGCCACCAGAGUGCGGACUCACGACAUGCUGAAGGUCGCGCCCUUUGUGUCGCAUUAUUUUGCUAAUGCGUACAGCUUGGAAUGUUGGGGAGGCGCAACAUUUGACGUAGCUCUUCGUUUCUUGUACGAGUGUCCUUGGGAGCGUUUGGCGCAGCUGCGCGAAGCCGUUCCCAACAUUCCUUUCCAGAUGCUCCUCAGAGGCGCCAAUGCUGUGGGAUACACCAGCUACCCUGAUAAUGUGGUGUUCAAGUUUUGCGAGAAGGCGCAACAGAAUGGCAUGGAUAUCUUCAGAGUGUUUGACUCUCUGAAUUAUCUUCCUAACUUACAGCUGGGUAUUGAAGCAUCCGGUCAGGCUGGUGGAGUCGUCGAAGCUGCCAUUUCUUACACCGGAGACGUGUCUAAUCCAUACAAGACUAAAUACAACAUUGAUUACUACAUGAAUCUUGCAUCAGAACUGGUCAGAGCCGGCACCCAUGUGCUCUGUAUCAAGGACAUGGCUGGUGUGUUGAAACCCAGUGCUGCUACGCUAUUAAUUGGUUCUCUUCGGGCCCAGUUCCCCAAGAUGCCUAUUCACGUGCAUACCCAUGAUACCGCUGGAGCAGGCGUGGCCUCCAUGCUGGCCGCGGCGGAGGCUGGGGCAGAUGUGGUGGACGUUGCUGUCGAUUCCCUGUCUGGUAUGACGUCACAGCCCAGUAUGGGCGCUAUUGUAGCAGCCUUGCAAAACACAGAGAAGGAAACAGGAAUUCCAAUCGAGCGUGUCCAUGAGUACAGCGAGUACUGGGAACGAGCACGUCAGCUGUACGCGCCAUUUGAGAGCACUGUGACAAUGAAGACUGGUAAUGCUGACGUGUAUGAGAAUGAGAUCCCAGGCGGACAGUAUACCAACCUACACUUCCAGGCCUACUCGCUUGGCCUGGCCGAUCAGUUUUCUGAAGUUAAGAAGAAGUACGCUAUGGCCAAUGACCUGCUGGGCGAUGUCGUCAAGGUGACUCCAACCUCUAAAGUGGUGGGUGAUUUGGCGCAGUUUAUGGUACAGAACAAGCUGGAUGACCGUGACGUGCUCAUGAAGGCUGAGGAACUGGACUUCCCUUCAUCUGUAGUCGAGUUCAUGCAAGGCUACUUGGGACAACCCCACGGAGGCUUUCCAGAGCCGCUUAGAACCAAGAUGUUAAAGGGCCGUCCAACCAUUGAUGGCAGACCAGGUGAAUCCUUGGAACCACUUGACUUUGAUGCACUGAAAGCGAAACUACAGGAAGAUUUUGGUGAGGGUGCCAUCCGAGAUGAAGACGUCCUUAGCGCUGCUUUGUACCCCAAAGUAUUUAAUGAUUACAUGAUGUUCCGGGACGAGUUUGGUCCAGUCGAUGGGCUGCCCACCAGGCUCUUCUUCACUGGCCCUGAGAUUGGCGAGGAGUUCCAGGUGGCCAUCGAGCCUGGUAAAGUGUUGAACAUUAAAGUUUUGGCAAUCAGUAAUUUGCACCCCAAUGGACAAAGAGAAGUUUUCUGUGAGAUGAACGGACAGCUGAGGACGGUGAUGGUGGAGGAUAAGUCUGUCACUAAGACACUCGCGCGACAUCCCAAAGCAGACAAGUCGGUCAAAGGCUCGGUGGGAGCUCCCAUGCCGGGAAAAGUUGUCGGCAUCCGGGUCAAGGAGAAGGAGGUCGUGAAGAAGGGCUCCCCACUGGUCGUGCUUAGCGCCAUGAAGAUGGAGACCAACGUGAGUGCUCCCAUCGACGGCACUGUCAAUAAAAUCUCCGUCAAAUUGAACCAGACCUUAGAAGCAGGAGACCUGUUGGUGGACAUCGAACCUCUUAGUUGAUUCCAGUGUAUAUCGCUCUCGUAGGCCGAUCGUAGUCAUUCGGCUCAUCUUCGGAGAGCUUCGGAAGUUUGUGGUGAUUUGCCGCUAGAAAGAAAAGCCAAGCUGCAUUUGCAGAAUCGUUGGAUGUGUAUUCUAAUGUAGAUUCACUUAGUAGCAUUUAAGCAGUUGGGGAAUAUAUGUAGAGAGCGUUAAGAAGUUUUUGAAAGGCUAAAGUAUGUGCCUUUUGAAAAACUACUUAUCAAAAUUUCUUUUAAUUAAGGUACCCAAACUCUCUGUUUUUCACUCAAAAGUAUCUUUCUGAAUUUUCACCUAAUAUAUGAAACCGAGGUUUUGGGCUGUUAAUUAAAUUAUUAUUUAAGUUCGUUUAAUACACUGCCAAAACUCAUGAAAUGAAAUGAACAUCCAAGCCGAUUCCACCGAAUUUUAUUUUGAAAUAUUUUCUCAAGAAUAAUUAUACAUCUAUUAGCUUCGUAAGAGAAUAUCUCUUGCUAAAGAGAAAACGAAAAACCAUGGGGGCAAACUCACAGAGCUCGUAGCUGCAAUAAGAAACGAAUAAUUUAUGGGGCUUAUAUCAACGAUGUCCCAGACUGCAGGACAGCUACUUUCCACGUAAGAAGUAAACGUAGAGAUAAAAAAGCUAGUAAUAUCUAUUAGUCAAUAGCACUUGAGAUUCAGUUAUUUUUUGAAGAGGUAAACAUGUUGUAAAUUGAAUUUGUAAUGAAACAUCACCGGUAACUUAGGAAAUAAAACAUCUUGAUAAUUCUC